UGUGUGCCCAAGAUUACACCUCAGCGGGGACUUUUAGAAAGAAAAACGGAAGAGAAGGGAAUGGAAAAGCCUAAAACACCUUUAGCUGAUGUGCUGGAAAAAUCAAUGGCUGCUGCUGACACAUUAGAACGUAAAGACCUCAUCUUUACCUACAAGGGCACUGUGUACCCCACUACUCUUUGCACUCCUGAAGUAUUCAAAGCUAUGGAGUCCUUUGAAGCCAGAAGAGAUGAUGUCAUCCUAGCAGGUUUUCCUAAAUCUGGUACAAACUGGUUUGGUCAAAUCUUAAGUGACUUGAUAGCAACAGCUGCAAAGAACUGUAAAAAUGAAACGAAUCACGAUGGUGUGCCAGAAGAAUUUCCCUACCUUGAAGUUGGAGAUCCUGAGAAGUAUGAGCGGAUGAAGAAAUUACCCCCAAGAAGACUUAUACGUACCCAUAUGGCUCCUCAGAAUUUACCUGAGUCCAUUUUCAAGAACAAAGCCAAAAUACUGCUGCUGCUCCGAAAUCCAAAAGAUGUAGCAACAUCUUAUUAUCAUUUUUCCCUAGUCUUUUCGCCUUUUCCAUCUUAUGAAUCUUGGGAUAGUUUCUUUAAAGACUUUGUGGCUGGAAAAGUGCCAUGGGGGUCUUAUUUCAACUAUCUUUCUGAAUGGAACAAGUACAUUGACAGUGAAAAGGUUAUGCCUGUAAGUUUUGAAGAAGUGAAAGAGAAUACAUAUUUAGGAGUGAAAAAAAUAGUUGAAUUCUUUGAGUUCCCUUUGGAUGAAGAAGAAAUUAAUGCUGUUGUGCAGAGGAGCAGCUUCCAAUCUAUGAAGAAGAACUCCAAGGACACUCAUGGGACAUUUGGUGAUGUUCUCUUCCGUAAAGGUGCUGUUAGUGACUGGAGGAAUCUUUUUGAGGAAAAGCAUAAUCUGGAAAUGGACAAAAUGUACAAGGAACACUUAGCAGCAACCACUCUAGGAGCAAGGUUAAAAUAUGAUGUGUAUUGCAAAGCCUGAAGUACAAAACAGAACUUUUGAGGCAAACAUUUCCUGGACUGUGACCAGUAGUGCAGUUGAACGACAUGCAGGAGACAAGCGAAUGUUGCAGAUAAGUUUUAUUCAGACUGCAACUGCCUUUAUAGUAACAGCAGUUUAUAUCAGGUUUUAAUUUUAAAUGUAAGACCUCUAGCAUAGUGAGAUGGUAUUCAUUUACUGGAUUGUAUUAUAAUUAAUCACAUACAGAUGAAUCUAACAGCCCUCCUUCACAAUAUACCAUCUUAGGGAAAUAUGCUAUUUCCCCUUUUAUUAUGAAGCUUUUCAAUUUGUCUAGGCUGCUUAGGAGUAUUUGAUACCUGGAGACUUUGUUAAAAAAUGUUUCAAUUCAGGCCACUGUGACGCGCCACUAGAGGGGCGUCCGGGAUUCUUUCGUGUGCUGG